GAGGUGGUUACUCGGGAACAGUGGGGAGCAGCAGCCCCUCGAUGCCGGGAGACCCUCAAGUGUCCGGCUGAAAGAGUUGUCAUACACCACACGGCACUGUUGCAUUGCGGGGGUAUCCGAGAAUGUAUGGACCAGCUCAUCCACAUACAGACAAUGCAUAUGCAGGAUAGGAACUUUGAUGACAUUGGAUACAAGUGAGUGACCUCUCCUUUCCUAGUGUUUUCUAUCAUUCAUUGUGUCAGGACAAUACUAUAUGCAAAUAACUGUGUUUUCUUGCAUUUGCAGCUUUCUUAUUGGGGGAGAUGGCACAGUGUAUAAGGGCCGUGGCUGGGGUGUUGUGGGCGCACAUACCAAGGGCAAUAACUGUGACUCUUUGGGCAUUGCCUUCAUGGGCAACUUCAACAGUAAGAAACACAAUUUGGACUUUCCAUCUCCAAGUCAUUACAGUGUGUAAGGCAUUGGUACCAAUGGGUUCCGCUUCUCUGUUUCAGAUCAGAGCCCCAGUCUAGCAGCCCUGUCAUCUGUUAAUCAGCUUCUGCAGUGUGGGGUUUCCCAGGGGAAUUUGCACCCUGGAUUUACCCUGCUUGGGCAUAGAGACUUGGGGGACACCGAAUGUCCUGGGGAGAGACUAUAUACUGCACUAAAACAUCUCAAAUUUCCC